AUCCCGCUGACAGCCUUCAUUAUGCUGCUGUCUUAAUUACACACUACAUAAACAUGUUGCACACAUGUAGCCUGCAUAGAGUAAGCUCACUCUGCGGCCCCAUCUCCGUGUGAGAGCAGCGGGUGGACCCAGGCUGAAAAGCCUCAGGCUGCCUCCUCAUGACAUCACAUGGUUGCAGAAUGACUUGCCUAACACUCGUCUGUGAGGCAAGACUUCCUAAACACAGUGCGGUCACAGCUCUGUUAAUACUGAGAGCGGAUACAAAAGGUUUCAGUUUGUUGUGCUCGUCAUUUGUAGAAGGAACCUGCAACCAGGUUUAAGUCUGUCUGUAAGCCACCAAGUUAUCAGUGAUCUCAUCAUCUGGUGCUACUUCCUGCCUCUGUUGUCAUGGUGACUCUAGGAGGCCCAGAGGACUGAAUAUAGGGCUAAUGAAGAAAACUUCAAAGUACAUGCAACCUACCACCCAACAGUGUCCAUAAAAAAAUAAAUAUAUAACGAUAAAAGAGACACAGCCAAGCAUGGAGGAGGAGGAGGACGGGGUGAAUGGCUUUGGACGGAGCCCAGAGAGGAGGGGCUCUGACUGGGGUCGCAUUGCCCUGCUGGACAAGACCAAGGAGUUCUUCCAGACGUGUGAUGUGGAGGGAAAAGGCUUCAUCACUCGCACUGAUAUGAGGAGGCUCCACAGAGAGCUGCCUCUGUCCGCAGAGGAGCUGGAAGACGUGUUUGACUCUCUGGAUACAGACCACACGGGUUACCUCACACUGGAGGCAUUCACCUCUGGAUUCAGUCAGUUCUUGCAUGGUCGAAGGAUCUCUGUGACUGAUGACCAAAAUCAGGCCCUUGGCCCAGUCUUCAGGGCUAAGGAAGCCCUUUAUCAGAGCCAAUGGGAAGCCAAGCUGUCAGGAGUUGAGGAUGAGGAGGAGAGGCACUUCUGCAUGCUGCUGGAAAGCCUGGGAGCCAGUAAUGUAUUUGAAGAUCCAGACGAGGUGCGCAGCCUUUGGAUCCAGCUCAGACGUGAUGAGCCUCACCUCUUGUCCAAUUUUGAGGAAUUUCUGGCCAGGGUCACCCACCAAAUCAAGGAAGCUCAUCAGGAAAAGAAGGAGAUGGAGAGCGCCCUCCAGAGGAAGGCAGCAACACAUGACAGUGAGAUCCGGUAUUUAUAUGAAGAGAUGGAGGCACAGAUCAAAAAUGAGAAAGAACGGCUGCUGCUAAAGGACUCUGAGCGGCUUCAGUUGCGCAGCCAGGACCUGGAGCACCAGCUUCUUACGAAGGAGAGAGAUUUGGAGCAGCUUUUCCAGAAGCAGAAACGGUUAGAGCACCAGUGCUCUGAGCUGAGCAGUGAGAAGCAGGAGAGCCACGUAGAGAACGUCAAACUGAAAAUGACCAACAAUGAGUUGUCCAGAGCGCUGGAGAGCACCAGCCAGGAGCUGGUGCUGGCCCAGGAACAGCUGGCUAUGCUGCAGGAACAGGCCUCCCGGCUACAACGGGAGAAAGAAAUGGAAAUGUACCGAGUAACUGAAGGACUGCAGAGGGAAAAGCAAAGUCUAAUGAAGCAGCUUGACCUCCUCAGAGAGAUGAACAAGCAUUUAAAGGAUGAGCGAGACUUGUGCUGUGGUGUACCUCGAACCUCACUCAGAAAGAAGCAGAAGCAGAGAGCGGGCCUCGGCAAUAUAUUUGAUGACAGCAGCCAGCCGGCAAAAAGAGCCUCACUGUUGGUGGAUGGGUCCUACCUAUCUCUGGAGGCCUUGCCUAUAGAGCACCUUCAAAUCGUUUUUGUUGCUUCCUCCUCCUGUAGUGAAGAUGACACCACCACUGCCACCCCUGCUCCCUCCACCACAGCUGCUAGCAGCCCUGUGUGCCAACAAAGGCCUUCAGCGAAUAGGAACUCUGGCUUAGCCAACGGUCACAUCAGCCCCGUUCUGCCUAAAGUGCACGACGUGAAGACAAAGGCCAAAAGGCUGUCCACCAAAAUGGCCACCAGCAAGAGGGUGUUAGGGAGAAGCAGAGACAAAUCAAAGAAAGUCGAAAUUGAUAAGAAGGUGGCAGAAGAGGAGGAGGUGUUAGAUGCCCCGCUGGACGGGUGGCCCCUCCGCAGAGUCAUCUCCAUAGAAGAGGACCACCUGCCCCACCUGCUCCAAGGAGGACCUCAGCCCUUACUGCACCAGCUCAGCGAGGAGGAAGACGAGAGGGAUGAGGAGGAAGAAGACGACAGAAGGAGCGACCUCAGUGCUUCCCCACGUUACAUCUCAGUGUCAAAAGAAACUCCUCCUGCAAGGAAAUCCUACUUUACUCAAUCGAAGAAGACCCCACCUGUAUCUCCAAGAGGACAGCCUGUGGGAAAGGAAACCUCACAGAAGGCGAAAGAACUGUUUGCCCCAGACCGCCUGUUUAAAGUGGUCCUGGUUGGAAAUUCCAGCGUUGGGAAAACAUCCCUGCUGCGCUCCUUCUGUGAGGGCCGUUUCCACCCUUCCACAACUGCUACUGUGGGUAUUGACUACAGUGUGAAGACAUUAACAUUGGACAAUAUGCAGGUAGCCAUGCAGCUUUGGGACACUGCAGGCCAAGAGAGGUACCGCAGCAUAACCAAGCAGUUCUUUCGCAAGGCAGAUGGUGUGGUGGUGAUGUAUGAUGUUACAGUGGAGGAGAGCUUCAAGGCUGUGUGGCCCUGGCUCACCAAUGUUCAGGAAGCAGCAGGAGAAGGGAUCCCUAUUCUCUUGCUAGGUAACAAAAUGGACAUGGACGAAGACAGGGUGGUGUCAUUUAAAGAAGCUGAGCAACUUGCUUAUGAAAACAAGGUGAUGUUCUUUGAGGUCAGUGCCUACACGGGAAAGAAUGUGACAGAGUCCCUGACUCACCUGGCCAGAGUGUUAAUGGAGCAGGAGGACAGGGUGAGAGAUACAACAGUCAUACUCAGCACUCAGCCUGUGAAGAAGAAAGCCUGCUGCAAGUGAAGACUCAAGCUAACACAAAGAAAACCUAAAACCACAGGAA